AUGGGAGGUUGUGUCUCCGUACAACUAUCAUGUGAUAAAGUGUUGAACAGUGUCUUUAACAGCUUAAGCAGAAACAGAGAUUAUGUUCAUGGUAUCGACAAGAAUCUUGCGGCUCUCACAAGAUCAUUGGAGCAGAUCGAGCAGAGACGAGAAGAUUUGUUGAGAAAGAUCGAGGUAGAAGAAAGAAGAGGUCUACAACGACUUGUUGUCGUACAAGGAUGGGUUUCAAAGGUUGAAGAGUUGGUAUCUCGAGGUAAUGAAGUGCUAGAGAUGAGAUCUGUUCAAGCUCAAAAGRUGUGUCUUUGUGGGUAUUGUUCCAAGAGUCCCGCAUCAAAUUACCGUUAUGGGAAGUUAGUCAUGGAGAUGGUAGAAGAAAUCGAGGUUUUGACAUCUCGGGGAGAUUUCGCGGUGGUGGCUGAGAGAGUUGUUCCAACUAGAGUUGAAGAGAGGCCUACUCGACCUAUGGUUGGUAUGGAGCCAAUGCUUGAGAGUGUGUGGAACCGUCUUAUGGAAGAUGAGAUUGGGAUUCUUGGUCUUCAUGGUAUGGGUGGAGUCGGCAAAACUACCAUCCUAAGUCACAUUAACAAUAGAUUCUCUAGAGCUGGGGAUGAUUACGAUAUUGUGAUUUGGGUCGUAGUGUCCAGAGACUUACAGAUACAUAGGAUCCAAGACGAGAUAUGGGAGAAGUUGAGGGCUGAUGAUGAGGAGUGGAAACAGAAAAGAGAAAGUAGCAAAGCCACCGCCAUUUUUAAUGUCUUAAAGCAACACAAGUUUGUGUUGUUGUUGGAUGACAUAUGGAGUAAAGUGGAUCUAAUGAAGAUUGGAGUUCCAUUUCCGAGCAGAGAAAACGGAUGUAAAAUAGUAUUCACCACUCGCCUGAUAGAAAUUUGCGGGAGAAUGGGAGUUGACAGCGAUAUGGAAGUGCGGUGUUUGGGACCAGAUGAUGCAUGGGAUUUGUUUGCAAAGAAAGUCGGAGAGCCCACAUUAGAAAGCCAUCUAGAUAUUCCCACACUCGCAAGAAAAGUUGCUAAAAAAUGUCGCGGUUUACCAUUGGCGCUCAACGUCAUUGGUGAGACAAUGGCAUACAAAAGGACUGUACAAGAAUGGCGUCUCGCAAUUGAUGUUUUGACUUCAUCUGCAGCUGAGUUUUCAGGUAUGGAAGAUGAGAUUCUUCCUAUUUUAAAGUAUAGCUAUGAUAAUUUAAAGAGCGAGCAACUCAAACUGUGUUUCCAAUACUGUGCUCUAUUCCCAGAAGAUGAUUACAUUGAAACGGAAGAUUUGGUAGAUUAUUGGAUAGGUGAGGGAAUCAUAGAUGGACACAAAGGUAGAGCUGAGAACCAGGGCUAUGAAAUUAUCGGUAGUCUAGUUCGUUCAUGUUUAUUGAUGGAGGAGGACCAAGAAACAGUGAAGAUGCAUGACGUUGUCCGUGAAUUAGCUUUGUGGAUAGCAUCUGAUUUUGGAAAGCAAAAAGAAAACUUUACGGUACAAGCGGGUUUCCAAUUAAGUAAAAUACCUGAGAUCAACAAGUGGAAAGCUACGAGAAGGGUGUCACUGAUGUUUAACCAAAUUGAAACUAUACUUGAGACUCCGGAGUGUCCCCAACUUAUAACUUUGUUCCUGCAAAACAACUGCUUGAAUUAUAUCUCAGGUAAAUUCUUUCAGCGUAUGCCAAAACUAGUGGUUCUAGAUCUAUCAAGCAAUGAUCAACUCAGCUAUUUGCCGGAGGAAAUAUUAGAAUGCGUCUCAUUGCAGUACCUGAGCUUAUCACGUACAGGGAUAAAGGUUUUGCCUCUAGGUUUACUAGAGUUAAACAAACUUAUAUACCUGAAUUUGGAGUACACAAGGAUGGUAGAGUGUAUCUAUGGCAUAUCCGCUUUAACGAAGUUGAAAGUGUUGAGAUUAUUUGUUUCCGGUUUCCCAGAAGAUCCUUGUGUUGUGGAUGAGUUGCGGCUCUUGGCCAAUCUGCAGACUUUAACCAUAACUCUUGGUCUUGCGUCUGUUCUGAAAAAAUUCCUCGGCAACGAAAUAUUGGCAAGCUGUACACGAGUUCUGUGCAUUGAGAAUCUUCAUCCACAAUCAUCUGAAAUCUCAUUUGUUACCUCUCUGGAUAGUCUUCAAGAUCUUUAUCUCGGAAACUCUGACAUCUCUGAGAUCAAAGUCGAGAGGAGAGAGACGGCAUUGCCCUUGCAUAGCCCAACCAGUCCAUUCUUUCCAAACCUCUCUCACGUGUCCGUAGCGUUCUGCAAAGGUUUGCUCGAUUUGACAUGGCUGCUUUUUGCUCCAAAUCUUACUGUUCUACGAGUAAUGUCAGCGAGUGAACUGGAAGAAAUAAUAAGCAAAGAUAAAUCUGAGCAGCACAGUGUCAUUCCAUUCCAGAAACUAAAAGAGCUGCACUUAGAAGACAAUUGGAUGCUGAGGAGCAUCCACAUGAAUCCUCUGCCAUUUCCCUGUUUGCAGAAAAUCUUUGUCAGUACUUGUUACCUGCUGAGAAAACUUCCACUCGAUUCCACGAGUGUCGUCAGAGGUGAUCUUAUCAUAGAGGCAUCCCAAUUUUGGAUCCGAAACCUUGAAUGGGAGGACGAAGCUGCAAAAGACCGUUUCUUGCCUUCAUUCAAGGUUCCUUCUUUCUCUUGCCUUCUCUAA